AAACAAAGAGGAAUUCGGUGGGAAUGUUUGCACUCGUUUCAGUUCAGAGAAAUCGAAACUAAACUGCUGUCGAACUGUUGUGAAUGUCUCUCUAAGUUACGUGUGAGUGCGUGCUGUAAAAUGGCAGCAUCCAGUGUUUCUUUGGCUCGGGAUGAGUUCAGUUGUUCAGUCUGUCUGGAUUUACUGAAGAAUCCAGUGACCAUUCCCUGUGGACACAGUUACUGUAUGAGCUGUAUUACAGGUUACUGGGAUCAGAAGAGAGUCUACAGCUGUCCUCAGUGCAGACAGACCUUCACUCCAAGACCUGUUUUAGGUAAAAACACCAUCCUGGCUGAAGUGCUGGAGAAAUUAAAGAAAACAAAACGACCAGUUGCUCGUCCGGCUCAGUGUUACUCUGGAUCUGGAGAUGUGGAGUGUGAUGUCUGUACUGGGAGAAAAUAUAAAGCCAUCAAGUCCUGUCUGGUGUGUCUGGAAUCUUACUGUCAGACUCAUUUUGAGCGUCAUGAAGAAUUUCACUCUGGAAAGAGACACAAAUUAACUGAUGCCACUGGACAACUACAGGAGAUGAUCUGCCCUCAACAUGAUAAACUGUUGGAGAUUUUCUGUCGUACUGAUCAGCAGUGUAUAUGUUAUAUGUGUAUGAUAGAUGAACACAAAGACCAUAACACUGUAUCAGCUGCUGCAGAGAGGACUGAGAAACAGAGACAUCUGGAGGAAACCCAGAGAACAAACCAGCAAGGAAUCCAGGAGAGACAGAAGAAGCUUGAUGAGAUAAGAGAGACUGUCGAGUCUUACAAGCGCUCUGCACAGACAGCAGUGGAGGACAGUGAGAGGAUCUUUACUGAUCUGAUCCGCUGCAUUGAGAGAAGCCGCUCUGAGGUGACACAGCUGAUCAGAGAUCAGGAAAAGGCUGAAGUGAGUCGAGCUGAAGAACAACGAAAGCGACUGGAGCAGGAGAUUGAAGAUCUGAGGAGGAGAGAUGCUGAGCUGGAGCAGCUUUCACACACAGACGAUCACAUCCAUUUCCUCCAGCGUUUCCAGUCUCUCUCCAUUCCUCCUGGAUCUACAGACUCACCCAGCAUCACUGUCAGUUCUCGUCUCUCUUUUGAUGAUGUUGAAAGAUCUGUGUUUAAUCUGAGAGAGAAACUGGAGCAUUUCUGCAGAGAGGAGAUAGAAAUGUUAUCUGGUAGAGUGAGAAACAUCAACAUCAUUCCCACCUCUGAACCUGAGACCCGUGAGGACUUCCUCCAGUAUUCCCGUCAGCUCACUUUGGAUCCAAAUACAGUGAAUAAAAACCUGGUACUGUCUGAAGAAAACAGAAUGAUUGAUUACAAUCGUGAAGAACUGACAUAUCCUGAUCAUCCAGACAGAUUUGAUGGUCUUCCUCAGGUGUUGUGUAGAGAGAGAGUGUGUGGACGCUGUUACUGGGAGGUGGAGUGGAGUGGUUGGGUGGGUAUAUCAGUGUCAUAUAAGAGCAUCAGCAGGAAGGGAUGGGGAAAGGAGUGUGAGUUUGGGUGUAAUGAUCAGUCCUGGUGUUUGUUCUGCUCUGACUCCAGCUGCUCAUUCUGGCACAAUAACAAGCAAAUUAAACUCCCUGUAGUCUCCAGCUCCUCUAGAAUAGGGGUGUAUGUGGAUCACAGUGCAGGAACUCUGUCCUUCUACAGCGUCUCUGACACAAUGAUCCUCAUUCACAGAGUCCAGACCACAUUCACUCAGCUUCUCUAUCCUGGGAUUUGGGCUAACAAAUUUUUCAAAGGACUAAUGUUUUUCUUUUCAAAAGCGACACUAGGUGAUCUAACAAUACAAUUUCUGGAUAUCCCGACCCUUAUAACCAGGAAAUGUUUCAGUUCAGAGAAAUCGGUACUAAAUUGCUGUCAAACUGUUGUGAAUGUCUCUCUACCUGUGAGUGCGUGCAGUACAAUGGCAGAAUCCAGCAUUUCAGUGGCUCAGGAUCAAUUCAGCUGUUCAAUCUGUCUGGAUUUACUGAAGGAUCCAGUGACCAUUCCAUGUGGACACAGUUACUGUAUGAGCUGUAUUACAGGCUGCUGGGAUCAGAAGAGAGUCUACAGCUGUCCUCAGUGCAGACAGACCUUCACUCCAAGACCUGUUUUAGGUAAAAACACCAUGCUGGCUGAAGUGGUGGAGAAACUCAAGAAGAUAAAACUACAAGAUAUUCGUCCUGCUCAGUGUUACUCUGGAUCUGGAGAUGUGGAGUGUGAUGUCUGUACUGGGGACAAAAAUAAAGCCGUCAAGUCCUGUCUGGACUGUCUGAACUCUUACUGUCAAAAUCAUCUUGAACAACAUGAACGUUUUUUCAAAAGUAAAAAACACAAUUUAAUGGAUGCCACUGGACGACUGCAGGAGAUGAUCUGCCCUCAACAUGAUAAACUGCUGGAGAUUUUCUGUCGUACGGAUCAGCAGUGCAUAUGUUAUCUGUGUAUGUUGGAUGAACACAAAACCCACGAGACUGUAUCAGCUGCUGCAGAGAGGACUGAGAAACAGAGACAGUUGGGAGAGAUGCAAAGAAAAUUCCAGCAGAGAAUCCAGGAGAGACAGAAGGAGCUGAAAGAGGCUGUAGAGUCCCACAAGCACUCUGCACAGACAGCAGUGGAGGACAGUGAGAGGAUCUUUACUGAUCUGAUCCGCUGCAUUGAGAGAAGCCGCUCUGAGGUGACACGGCUGAUCAGAGAUCAGGAAAAGGCUGAAGUGAGUCGAGCUGAACAACAACUGAAGCGACUGGAGCAGGAGAUUGAAGAUCUGAGCAGGAGAGACACUGAGCUGGAGAAGCUUUCACACACAGACGAUCACAUCCAUUUCCUCCAGCGUUUCCAGUCUCUCUCUGUUCCUCCUGGAUCUACAGACUCACCCAGCAUCACUGUCAGUUCUCGUCUCUCUUUUGGUGAUGUUGGUAAAUCUAUGUCUCGUCUGAGAGAGAAACUGGAGCAUUUCUGCAGAGAGGAGAUAGAAAUGUUGUCUGGUAGAGUAAGAAACAUUAAGAUCAUCACCUCUGAACCCGAGACCCGUGAGGACUUCCUCCAGUAUUCCCGUCAGCUCACUUUGGAUCCAAGUACAGUGAAUAAAAACCUGGUACUGUCUGAAAAGAACAGAGUGAUUAAAUACACUUUUAAAGCCCAGCCAUAUCCUAAUCAUCCAGACAGAUUUGAUGGUCUUCCUCAGGUGUUGUGUAGAGAGAGAGUGUGUGGACGCUGUUACUGGGAGGUGGAGUGGAGUGGUUGGGUGGGUAUAUCAGUGUCAUAUAAGAGCAUCAGCAGGAAGGGAUGGGGAAAGGAGUGUGAGUUUGGGUGUAAUGAUCAGUCCUGGAGUUUGUUCUGCUCUGACUCCAGCUGCUCAUUCUGGCACAAUAACAAGCAGAUUAAACUCCCUGUAGUCUCCAGCUCCUCCAGAAUAGGGGUGUAUGUGGAUCACAGUGCAGGAACUCUGUCCUUCUACAGCGUCUCUGACACAGUGACCCUCAUUCACAGAGUCCAGACCACAUUCACUCAGCCUCUCUAUGCUGGGAUUAGGACUAAUUUAUGUUUUGAAGAUGAUUUUGAUUCAUAUGUUUUUUGUUCAACCGUGACAGUUUGUGACCUAAAAAUAUAAAUGGUACAUAAAUCCUGCAAAUAUUGUGAGAGAUAUUUUCAAAAUAUCAUUGUCAUGUUUUAGAUUUUGCCUUAUCUAAACAUUAGCAACACAAUUGUAAUGGUUAGCAUUCGGUUGCUAUGACAUGGAUUAUUUGUUAUACCUGACAUUGUUUUUAAAUAGAAAUCCACUGUAUUUUCUUUACCUCACAAAACUAAAGAAUUGAAUGUGAUUUUUUUGUCAUUAUUUAGUGCUGACAGCUCUAAUAUAUUUAGAGAGUGUUUAUACAUGCAGUUCUAGCAGGUCACAUUCAAUGAACCACUAAAUAAAUGCAUGUAAUAAACUUGUGUUAAACAUACUCACUCUGGAGUGGGAAGUGAGGGAAUCUAAACGACUAAGUUCCCAUUCAAAAGGUCUCAUUCAGGAAAAAGAAUAUAAACAGCUUUAGAUCCUUCAUAAUCUUGUGGAAAAAAGAAGAGAACAUUUUUGUGAUGCUUACUCUAAAUAUUAAUGACAGAAUUUUAAUCAUUAGCAUUCACUGAUUUUAUUCAUAAGUUGCAGUGACGUGUAUUUAUGUCCGACAUUGUCAUUUAAAAAUAAAUUAAUUUUUUCACUUCA